AUGGUGUCGUUUCUCCUCCGCCCGAACGCCGCGCGACUCCCCCUCUUCGCCGCCAGCUACAAGCACUACAAGCAGUGGGUGUCGAUAGGCGGCGAUCCAGCCGAUCUGGACCACCUCAACCCCGAAGACAGGCGUGUUCCCUACUACCUGCGCCUCCCCUCUACGCGAUUGGCCUACUUCAACCACGGGCUCCCCUGGGAAGGGUACAUGCCCUGCUCCCUGGUCGACGGACUAGACCUCUUGCAGCCUUUGAUUCGGCGCCCCCUCGCGAGCGAGGUCAUCAACGCGGAGGGCGGGAAGUACUGGGUCGUCGCGAGCUGGGUCAUCGAGAUCUGCGAGAUAGCGGGGAAAGUCGAGGCGGCGUGCCGAGCAAUCCACGAACAAGCGGGGGACUUAUUCAAGCGCGGUGAAGAGGCGUCCCCGCCCGAUUACCAACCCCUCUCGUUCGGACCCCAACGGCUGGAGAUCGGUUUCAACACGCGAGAAGAGGCAGAAGCGAGAGUAGAGUUGGUGAGGGCAGCCGCGCUCUGCAACACGGCCUUCCUCGCAUGGUUCACGAGCAUCGUGCACAGCUGGCACCUUCGACUGAGCGAUGACACGGCGGAGUUCAUCCGAUCGUUGCGCCUAGAGGAGCGAGAGAUGAGGGGUUACGUGCUCAACUUGGCCAUCGACUUCCCGUGGAUCGACCUACAGCUACUCAUCGAGCACGGCGUGCCCAUACACUACGCCUGGUCCCCGCCUCUCCAUAACGACCUCCGAUUCACGCGAGCGAAUCCGUGGUUGAUCGCUCGGGUCUUGGAAAUGAGGAAGCAGCUGGGGAGGGAACCUUCGGACGAGGAGGUGCUCAAAGGACAGAACUCUGCCAAGGCGGUACUGGAGUACGACCGAUGGUUUCAGCCGCGCUACAAGGAAGUCGACCUCACGCCCGUCAUCAAGUCCCGCGAGGAGCCCGAGAACUACGUGCAGCUAUUCUACGGUUGGCACCCGCACCCGCUCAACGACAAGCGAGUACUCGAGGGUGCCCGGGGUGUGUACCAGAUGGGCGACCCGAGGUCGAUCGACGACAUGGAGACCUGUUUGGGCGACAUCAACGUGAUUUACCGCUGGGCGAAGAAAGGAGCUACCUGGGUCGAGGACGACGAGCUCGAGGAUUGGGCCAUUUUCGACGUGCCGGAGAGCUAUCAGCGGGGCGACUUCAUGCACGGGCGCGAGCUGAGGCGUUUGACGUGCGCGCCCCUACCCUCGGAAAUGUACGACGAGCCGGUGAUACAGGGAAGGGACAAGGAGGUCAUCAACACCGAAUACUACCUGCUCGAGGCCUGCGCUGGCGAACCAUCCGAACGGGAGACUUGGGAGGCUUGGUGGAGCGCGAGGGAAGAUGAAAUUCCUCGCUUUGUUUACGAUAGCCGGGAAGGGUGCGACCAGAUCCCGGAGGUACCGAUCGCUCAAGGUAAUCGAUACCACCGCUACGAUUCCGACUGCGAAGGCGAGCCCAGCCUGCUUAAGCGAAUGGAACUGCCGCCGCCGUCGCCCAAGAAACAAAAGCCUCUGAUCGAACGCUUGGGACCUGCGGUGGCCGCGUCGCUGGAAGCAGGGCCGUCCGGGAGCACUCGGCGCGAGUCCACUUCGAGAGAGCGCGGCCGCUCUCGGGCGAGAGCGUCGCCGCGGGAGCCCGCACAGGCGAGCGGAAGCCGGUCGGCAAGGCGCAGCGCCUCCCCGCCGCGGACUCGCGCCGCCUCCUCGCUUUCCUCGUCGGCCGCCGCAUCGACGUCGUCGAGGGACUACGCGAUCGCCAUUCCGGAUCCUUCCAUGCGCUGGGGUGUCGUCUACCCUCCGUCGGAGCGAUGGAACGACCUGCUGGCGCAGCACUUGCGGGAGGUGGAGAUCUUGUCGGAGGUGCUCACCGCGAAGAUACGCCCCCGCAGCGCCGACGUGGAGGGACGAAUCCGCUGGGCCUCAAUCGUCUUGAAAGAAGGGUACAUCGUCCUCCUACACGCCCAGCACCAAGUGCGCAUGUACGUCUGGCGCGUGCUCGGGCAGCAUAGGUCGGUGGAGGAUUUCCUGGAACAAUUCGCCAACACGGGGGUCCCUCUGUCCAUCGCUCUGCCACAGGCUCUGUACCCAUCCCCCGACCAGGAUCAGGCGCUGGGGGACGAGGAGACGCACUCGGCGACAUUCCCCGCCUACGGAGUCGGAGGCAAGGAUCUGUUCGCGCGCUGGAAGGACUGCAUCCGCUCUCUCGCCAGGAAGCCUUACGCGGGCGCCCUGUACUUCGCCAGCGACAUCGCCAGCUUUGUCCUCCGACGCUACGCGUGGGACUUGGUGGCCGCGAAGGUCGGGGAGGGGCCUUGUGAGGAGACGCGUCUGCACCGCAGCGGCACCAAGUACUUCCGCGGCGGACCCUUCCCUUCGCUGUUUUGCGACUACUCCUCGUCUGAGGAGCUCGCGCUCCUGCACGGCUGUAUCGUGGCGGUGCUCAACGCGGACAAGACGACGCACCGGCACGCGUUCCCUCCGCACAACGUAUGGGCGGCGCACUGGCCGACGAAAGGGGAGUGGGGCGUCGAGGAGCAGAAGUACCUUACGGAGCUGGCCGAGGCCUUUGAGCAAGGGAUAGCCGAGAUCCCGCCGGAGAAUCUGUGGCGCGAGCGACUCCGCAGCCGGAGCAGGAGCGCGAAGGGGUCGGGUUUCCGCAAGGCAGAUGCCCUACAGGCCGCAGACGCAAGCGCUUGGGCGGCCCACUUCGAGAAGAUCUACGGGGGUGAUCGGCGCUUCGUACGUAUCGCGGAUCUGGGAGAGCGCCUGCGCCCUCAGCGUUUGUUCGAGUAG